GGUUCCGUUGAAAUUUCUCAAAGUCCCGUUUGGAAUCCGAAAUGAGGUGGUCCCCAUCCAUCACCCUCCAACCAAACCAUUCAUUAUAUAAAAACACAAUCAAAUACAAGUUUCAUUUCAAACUUUUAGAAAGAAAGACAUGUGUACCUUAGAGAAGCGCGGUAGGGUGUACCUCCUCACCUUAACCGGUUCCGACGAGCACCGCCUCAAUCCAACGACCCUCGGAUCCAUCCGCUCCGCCAUCGCCCAAGUCCGCGCCGACUCCGGUGGCCGGGCCGCCGCCCUCGUCACCGCCGCCGAGGGGAAGUUCUUCUCCAACGGCUUAGACCUCGCCUGGGCCCGUGUCUCCCCGUCCGAUCGUACUCGUGAACUUGGCUCCGCCCUUCGAGCCACGAUCGCCGACCUCAUGUCCCUCCCCAUGCCUACCAUCGCCGCCGUCACCGGCCACGCCGCGGCCGGCGGCUUCAUCAUCGCCCGCGCGCACGACUACGUCGUGAUGCGCGGCGACCGGGGGUUUGUCUACAUGAGCGAGCUGGACAUCGGCGUGCCGAUCGCUAGGUAUGCGAUGUCGGUGUUGAGAUCGAGGAUCACGGAUGCGAGGGCUCUGAGAGAUUUGUUGCUGAGACCGGAGAAGAUGAAGGCGGGGGAGGCGGAGAGGAUGGGGGUGAUUGAUCGGGCGGUGGAGGGAGGGGCGGAGGAGACGGUGGCUGUGGCGGUGAGGAUGGCGGAGGAGAUGGCGGCGAAGGGUUGGGAUGAUAGUAUCUAUGCUUCGAUGCGGAAAGGGGCUUUUCCCCAGGUUUUUAGGGAUUUGGGAUUGGCCGAGGACACUGAUGAGGAUAUCUCCAGGGUUUUCAUUUCUAAGAUUUGAGGAACAAGAACGAAAUGAG